GAUUAAAGUUAAGACAGCUUCGGAAAAAUGAUCGUAUAUAUCUGGGACGGGUCAGUUGUCGUGUGCGACAAACAAGCAUCUGGAUAAAUAACUUACAGACACUUUGAUGAACUCCAUCCGCGCGCUUCAUGUUGAAUAGGACAGAGGGAUAGAAGGAUCGUUUAAAAUCGCUCGAGUCCUUCAAUAUUUGGAGGAUAUCUACUUAUGGAAAGAGACAGUUGAUGAAAAGGGGAUUUAUAAUCGAGUGUUGUGAUGGGAAAAGAUUAUUAUAGGAUCCUGGGCAUCGAGAAGGGCGCCUCGGAUGAGGAGAUCAAGAAAGCUUACAGAAAACAAGCGUUACGGUUUCAUCCCGACAAAAACAAAUCAGCCGGAGCAGAGGAUAAAUUCAAAGAGAUCGCCGAGGCUUAUGAUGUGCUGAGCGACGCCAAGAAGAAAGACAUCUAUGACCGAUACGGAGAGGAUGGGCUCAAAGGACAUGCCGGAGGCGGCACCAAUGGCCCUAGCUACACUUUUCAUGGCGAUCCUCAUGCCAUGUUUGCAGAGUUCUUCGGUGGCCGUAGCCCAUUUGAUCACUUUUUUGCAUCAGCUGGAGGCCCGAAUGACGGCAUGGACAUUGAUGACCCAUUUGGGGCCUUCGGAAUGGGAGGGAUGGGUGGUUUUCCCAGAUCUUUCAAAUCUCGGGUUGGCGGUCCUCAUGGCAGCCGAGAGAAGAAAAAAGACCCUCCGGUGGUGCACGAGCUCAAGGUGAGCCUUGAGGAAGUGUUCGCCGGUUGCACAAAAAAGAUGAAGAUCUCCCGUAAGAGGCUGAACCCGGACGGCUGCAGCAUGCGCAACGAAGACAAGAUCCUCACCGUAGACAUCAAACGAGGGUGGAAGGAGGGCACCAAGAUCACCUUCCCCAAAGAGGGAGACGAGACGCCCACCAACAUCCCUGCCGAUAUAGUGUUUGUGGUGAAGGACAAGAUUCACUCGGUUUUUCGGAGAGACGGCUCUGACAUCAUCUACCCUGCAAGGAUAUCCCUCAGAGAGGCUCUUUGCGGAUGCACCAUCAACGCUCCCACCUUGGACGGUAGAACUGUCACAGUGUCAUCGCGUGAUGUCAUCAAACCCGGUAUGAAGAAGAGGAUUGUGGGAGAAGGACUGCCCUUGUCCAAAUGUCCAGAAAAGAGAGGCGACAUGGUGCUUGAGUUCUCAGUCAAAUUCCCAGACAAGCUGGGGCCUGGUGCUCGUGAAGCCCUGGUUCAGAUCCUGCCACCUUGAUCGCUACGAAAACUGGAGCAGCGACUUUGAGCCAUUUUCUUAUUCAUGGGAGAUUAUUGCACCUGAAAGUAUCGGCGGUAAAUGUGCAAACAGGUCAAGCUCAGAGAAACACAGCAGAACUUCACUAUGUUAUUUAUAACCCCCUUAAUUAUAUCGCAAAGCACUUUUACAAAACACUGUGAAACAUUUCAGAAGUAAUAUAUAGACUUUCACACGUAGUUUUGCAGUACCUCAGCAUAAACGCUUCAUCGUACUUCCCUUUGCUUCAUUCUUUAUUUGUUUUUAUUAAACUUUUAUC